AUAAGACUACAUUUAUCCUAAACUGUAAGCACUUCUUUAAAUAAACGUAGCCUGCAGACAGCUGCCACUGUUUAUCAGUCUUGAGUCUCCUCUACUCCGUCUGCUUUUUAAAUGGUUUAUCCGAAAUGCAAAUAGAGAGAACUUGUCCUUAACUUUUCUUCCAGAGCCAGGAGUGGAGUCAUCCUUAUGUCCGACAGGUAACUUACAAGAUGCAUUUCUUCGCAGAUAGGUGCGAGCAGUAAUGGGUGACUGGAGUCUUUUGGGAAACAUCCUUGAAGAAGUACAGGAGCACUCAACGAUAGUGGGAAAGGUCUGGCUCACUGUGGUCUUUAUUUUCCGUAUCCUUGUCCUGGGCACUGCAGCCGAGUCCUCCUGGGGAGAUGAGCAAAGCGACUUUGAGUGCGACACCCUGCAGCCUGGUUGCAAGAACGUGUGCUACGACAAGGCUUUCCCCAUCUCACACAUCCGCUAUUGGGUUCUUCAGAUUAUAUUUGUUUCAACCCCCUCCCUCAUCUACAUGGGACAUGCUAUGCAUACAGUCCGCAUGGAGGAGAAAAAGAGACUGAGAGAGCAUGAAGACAGGGCUCAAAUAGAUGGCAAACAGUAUCUAGAAGACAAGGUGGAUGUAUCAAUGAAAGAAGAAGCCACUGUCAAGAUCAAGCUCAAGGGGACUUUACUCCAAACCUACGUCUUCAGUAUCCUCAUCAGGACUGUUAUUGAGGUGGCUUUCAUUGUUGGUCAGUAUCUUAUUUACGGGAUCUUCAUGAAACCCCUCUACCACUGCCAUAAUUGGCCUUGCCCUAAUUCUGUGAACUGCUACAUGUCCAGGCCAACUGAGAAGAACGUCUUCAUAGUGUUCAUGCUUACUGUGGCGGCGUUCUCACUUUUUCUGAGUGUGGUGGAGCUUUACCAUCUCGGAUGGAAGAAGUUGAAGCAGUGUUUGAGAACCUACAACUCCUCCCCUAACCCUGCUUCAGCUGCCCCCAUCUCCAAGGAACCUGACGCACCAGCCAGACCACCCCAGGCUUGCACACCUCCACCAGAUUUCAACCAGUGUUUGGUGGCGACCAAUGGCCGUUGUAACCCUUUCAAUAACAAGCUGGCCCACCAGCAGAACUCUGCCAAUAUGGCCACAGAGCGUCACCAUAGUUGUGACAACUUGGAGGGUGAAGAUUUUCUCCAAAUGCACUACCUGCAAGGAAGUGAGACCUCCAAUAGUUCAGCUGUUCCUCCUGGGCUUUUUAAGGAUAAACGUAGACUGAGCAAAGCCAGCGGGUCCAGUAGUAGAGUGAGAUCUGAUGACCUAGCAGUAUAAUCCUAAAUGCUGAAGCCAACCCGUUUAUCUCUCCAGGUUGAUUUAUUGCACUGUAGUGUUGUGGUUUAGCAGCAAUAUAUACUUUCUCUGGGCUAAGAAUGUUGUCAACUUUCCCUUCCUAUUGGAGAGCUGGUCAGUCUGCAAGAGAAAACUCAAAUUUGGAAUCAAAUGUUACUGUAUGUCAACAAUAGCUUUGGAUUUAACCAUUAAAGAAAGGCAUUUCAUGUAACCCUUUAGAUAGCCUUUCUGAGGUAUGCAGUGGUUCACUGUGUAGAACCAAUACAUUGUAACGAGGGGAAACAAAGUAUUAAUACAAAACUAACUAUCUUCUCUUUAAGACCUAACAGUGUCUAUAUAUUCAAUUAACAAUGGGCUGAUGAGGCACUAAUUAUUACAAAAACAUGUAUAUUCUCCCCUUAUAGGGAUGCCUAAAUGCUAUUUUAAUUUCCAAAUCAGGGAUAUAUUCUAAAUAAUACAACAAUUUCAGUUUGAUAUAUUCUCCUCCUCACAAUGAACUUAAAGCCACAUGGAAAGCCCUUAUCAAUUGUUAUUUAAUAAAUUACAAUGAUUGGUUACGUUGUAUAAUAACCCAACACACACAGAAAACAGACUGAUACAGAUGCAAC